AUGUCCACUAAAGCUGCUGCCCCAGAUUACACUAUUGCCAACUCUGCCGUUGUCGAAAAGUACAAGACCGCUGGUGAAAUUUCCGGCCGUGUUUUGGCUGAAGUUAAGGCCUUGUGUGUAGCUGAUGCACAAACCUUUGACAUUUGUCAAAAGGGUGAUGAGUUGUUAACUGAAGAAUUGUCCAAGAUCUACAACUCCAAGAAGACUUCCAAGAUCCCAAAGGGUAUUGCCUUCCCAACAACCAUCAGUCCUAACCACAUUCCAGCUCAUUUGUCUCCUGUUAACGCUGAAGAUACCGCCAACUUGACUUUGAAAGAAGGUGAUGUUGUUAAGAUCAUGUUGGGAACCCAAAUCGAUGGUUUCCCAUCUAUUAUUGGUGAAACCGUAGUUGUUGGAUCUUCCUCUGCUGCCCCAGUCACUGGUCCAAAGGCCGACGUAGUUGUAGCCGCCUGGACUGCCUCUGAAGCUGCCAUCAGAACCUUCACCACCAAGAACAGAAACUGGGAUGUCACCAACAUUGUUGACCAAGUUUCCAAAUCUUUUGGUGUCACCCCAGUUGAAAGUAUGUUGACCCAUAAUCAAGAACGUAAUGUUAUGUACGGACCAAAGGAAGUCAUCUUGAACCCAACCAAGGAAAACAAGAAUCAAAUGGAUACUUUUAAAUUUGAAGAAAACGAAGUUUAUGGUUUAGAUAUUUUACUCUCCACUUCUGAAGAUGGUGUUGUCAAGCCAUCUAACUACAAGACCUCUUUGUACAAGAUUACCGGAAACUCUUAUGGUUUGAAGAUGAAGUCUUCUCACCAAGUUUUGGGUGAAUUCAAGGAAAAAUGUGGUGGUCCAUUCCCAUACAACAUCAAGAACUUGCUGGAUGCUCGUAAGGCUCGUAUGGGUCUUAUUGAAUGUGUGAACCAUCAAGUCAUGCUCUCAUACGAUGUCAUGACUGAAAAGGAAGGUGAAUACAUUGCCCAAUACUUCACCACCUUUGCCAUCACCAAGAACGGUAUUGUCAAGUUCACUGCUCCUACCUUUGACGCCACUUUGUACAAGUCCGACAAGAAGGCUGAUGAAACCAUCACUGAACUCAUUGCUCAACCAUUGAAGGUUUCCAAGAAGAAGAAGGCCGCUAAGAACUAA